GGAAUUUUUACAAUCUUUGGUACUGGUGCUAUGCUUGCGUCGACAUUAUGAUAUUGCGUGUUCCGUUGACUAGUGAUUUAAGGAAUUAGGUGAUUAUUUGGUGGAAGAUACAUAAAUAUGUUAACUCUCGCUCUAAUGGUGAGCAUAGGAAUCGUGCAAUGUGAACCUACAUUGAACACGCAAUAUGGUGUCCCAGGAAAUUAUGCUGGUAAUAAUCAUGGAGCAUCAAGUGGAAAUAGUUUUGGUAAUCAUCAUUACGAUAAUGGAAACGAUAAUGAUUAUGUCGAUCAGCCAAUGUCCUAUGAAUUUGGAUAUGCCGUAAAGGAUCAAGCAACCGGAAAUGACUUUGGUAGACGCGAAACAAGCGAUGGUGAAACUGUAAGAGGAGAAUAUAGAGUUCAAUUACCGGAUGGUAGGACACAAAUAGUAACUUACACUGCUGAUUGGAGGACAGGUUUCCACGCAGAUGUAAGAUAUGAGGGUAUUCCAACUUAUCCUGAUCAAUUCAGUAAUCAGAACAAUGGUUAUAAUAAUAAUAAUAAUCAAGGUAGUAGUCAAGAUUUUGGUUUCCAUGGUAAUAAUGCUAGUGGAAGUUACAAUACAGGCAAUUCAGGAAACAAUGGAUAUAAUUACCAACCACCUAGUGGAAGUGGAUUCAAUAAUGGUAAUAAUUAUCCAUACCAAUUUGUUUCCAAUCAAAUUUCCAAUUCAUUAGACAAUAGUUAUAAUAACUUUGGAAUUCGCAAUAAUUAUAACACACGAAUUCCAUCAUCAACAUAUGGACCAGCUUUUAAGUGA